AUGCUGCAGGUGUGGCAGUGGAUGCACGCCGGAGCUUGGAGGAGCUGGGAAGGAGCACCUUACAGCACGCUGGUGCCAUCUGAUGACGUGACCAUUAAUUACAGGCAUGGUCUUCCUGAGGUGACUCUUACGCUGCCCACCAGAAGCGAACGCUGUCGGUUCACUGUUAAGCCAAUGGUGACCACCGAUCUGCAGAGAGAAGAUAAAGGAAUUGAAAGGGCAGAAGUCUUUGCAACAGAUGGUAGCAAGGUCUCAAAUACAACUUUGAUGGAGGUCUUACUGAUGAAUGACUUUAAACUUGUUAUCAACAACACAGCAUACAGCGUGUCACCUCCUGUAAAAGAUAAGCUGAGUAGUGAGCAUGCUACCGAAAUGGAAGAUAUCAAAGCCUUGGUUCACAGACUGUUUGUGGCUCUACAUUUAGAAGAUCACCAGACGAGGAAAGAGAAGGAACUGCUACAGAAAUUGGAGCAUCUGAAAGAAGAGCUGCUGCCUCUUGAACAGAUGAAAGCCAGAAUCACAGACAGUGCAGAUGCGAAGACCUCCAGGCUUCUGUGGGUUGGCUUAGCUCUGAUGUCAACACAAGGGGGAGCACUGGCAUGGCUCACGUGGUGGGUCUAUUCAUGGGACAUCAUGGAGCCAGUCACAUACUUCAUCACUUAUGGGAGUGCCAUGGCUUUCUAUGCCUACUUUGUACUUACUAAACAGGACUACAUUUACCCUGACGUUAAAGACAGACAGUACCUCCACUACUUCUAUCGGAAAUCCAAAACCCAGCAUUUUAAUGUGGAACGAUACAACAAGCUCAAAGAAGACCUAGCAGAGGCAGAAGAAUCCCUGAGGCGUCUGCGCCAACCUCUGCGCCUGAGGCUUCCCAUCCAGGAAAUCAGUGACAAGGACUGA